AUGGUUGUUACAGCCCGUGGCCGACAUAAGUCCCGCCUCGCACAAGCAGUAAGGGCCUUUGAUCAUCGGAUUCUUGCAUCCUCAGAAUGUGACAUUUUGACUUAUGAUCACAAAGCUCUGGUUAUUGAUGGAAAGAGAAGGGUUUUGCAGUCUGGUUCUGUUCAUUAUCCUCGGACCAUUCCUGAGGUGUGGCCAGAAAUUAUUAGGAAAUCAAAGGAAGGGGGAUUGGAUGUAAUUGAGACUUAUGUGUUCUGGAACUAUCACGAGCCUGUGAAGGGACAGGUGGAUGGACACGAUUCACCCCCAGUUCAUAGCAUUUCACAUUUAGAGUUUUCUAUAAUGGAAGUUGAUAUUGUCGAGAUGGCUUGCAUGGUUCAGUGUUUCUCUAGUAGCAUUGGUUUGCCAGCUGAUUGCCGGUUUGAUUUAGUGCGGUUCGUGAAAACAGUUCAGGAAGCUGGUCUUUUUGUUCAUUUGAGGAUUGGUCCAUAUGCCUGUGCUGAAUGGAACUAUGGGGGUUUCCCACUUUGGUUACAUUUCAUUCCUGGGGUUCAGUUUCGAACAACUAAUGAUAUAUUUAAGAAUGCAAUGAAGAGUUUUCUGACAAAAAUUGUCAAUCUAAUGAAGGAAGAGAAUCUUUUUGCAUCACAAGGAGGACCAAUCAUUCUUGCUCAGGUUGAGAAUGAAUAUGGGAAUGUUGAAUGGGCUUAUGGGGUUGGUGGAGAACUAUAUGUCAAAUGGGCUGCAGAAACUGCCAUUAGUCUGAAUACAACUGUACCUUGGGUGAUGUGCGCACAAAAUGAUGCCCCCGAUCCAAUUAUAAACACAUGCAAUGGAUUUUACUGUGACCAGUUCAGCCCAAAUUCCCCUUCCAAGCCAAAAAUGUGGACUGAGAACUACAGUGGAUGGUUUCUUGCCUUUGGCUAUGCUGUUCCUUAUCGACCUGUUGAGGACCUAGCAUUUUCUGUUGCACGAUUUUUCGAAUGUGGAGGCAUUUUUCAAAACUAUUAUAUGUAUUUUGGUGGAACCAACUUUGGACGAACUGCCGGAGGGCCUUUGGUUGCAACAAGCUAUGAUUAUGAUGCCCCAAUAGACGAAUAUGGUUUUAUUAGACAGCCAAAGUGGGGCCACUUGCAUGAUUUGCACAGUGCAAUUAAGCAGUGUGAAGAAUAUUUGGUCAGCUCAGAUCCAGUUCACCAGCAGCUUGGUCAUAAUUUAGAGGCACAUGUCUACUAUAAGCCUUCCAACAAUUGUGCAGCCUUUCUAGCCAAUUUUGACAGCAGUUCAGAUGCAAGCGUUACAUUUAAUGGAAAUUCGUAUUUUCUACCUGCAUGGUCUGUGAGCAUACUUCCAGAUUGUAAGAAUGUCAUUUUCAACACGGCUAAGGUUGUUACACAAAGACAUAUAGGUGAUGCUUCGUUUGCCCGCUCCACCACUGUUGAUGGGAUUUUAGGGGCAACAUCACCAUGGAGUUGGUAUAACGAAGAAGUGGGUAUUUGGGGUAACAACUCUUAUACAAAGCCAGGCUUACUGGAGCAGAUUAAUACAACAAAAGAUACCAGUGAUUUUCUAUGGUACUCAACCAGGUAA